UGAACGACAGUUUUGCUUGGCAAUGUGUGAAUUCUUCCGUUCGUUAUAAUAUUUUUGGACAGAUUAGUUACAUUGGUGGCAUUAAUGGACAAACAAAAUUGGACAUAACAUAAAUAAAACUCCAUAUUAAAAAAAUAAAUUGCCUUCAAUCACAGAAAAGGCCAAAACGUGCGAUAUGGAGGAGAACUCUAAACUUCAAAUGGAAACCGACGUGUCUGCAACUUCUGGAAACGUAUCUGAGACCCAGCAAUUGUCAGGAUCACAUGGCGACGUUGAGAUGAUUAUUGUAGUGGAGAAUGUUACAGAGGAAGCAGAAGGUCCUAGUAAUAAAAAUUCGCCAGAAGUUAAGAUAAGUGAUAGUGAAUCUUAUCAAUGUCCCAAAGAUUCACCCAAGGAAGAUAUUCCAUCACAGAAAUGUGUUAGUUCUAAUGAUGAAACCCAUUUAAAACAUGUCAGUAAUGAGAAUGAUACACAGAAAAAUGUUGUUUCUCCUGGCAUAGACACCACUAUAAUAGAUGAAAAACAGGCCGAGCAAUCGCAGAAAACAAUUAGUUCUCCUAUUAAAGAUUUAAAUCAAAAGAACCAAAUACAGAAAACAAUUACUUCUGAUGAUGAUGAUAUUGAAAUAAUAAACAUCAGUAAAGCUAGCCCAUCAGAGAAAAUAAUUAAUAAAGAUUUAAAUCAAAAGAUACAAGUGCAGAAAAAAAUGACUUCUGUAAGUAAAGAUAUUCAAGUGAUAGAUAUCACUCACAAGAGCCAAACUCAGAAAUUUGUGGUUACUCCUAGUAAAAGUAUACAAAUAAUUGAUGUAAAGGGCCAAACAUCGAAAAUUAUUAUUUCUCCCAAAAAAGAUAUAAAUCAAAGGAACAAAACUGAGCAAUUAGUUAUAUCUCCUAAGGAGGAUGUACAAAAAUCAGAACAUGUGAUAGAGGUAAAUGAGAAAACUUCUAAUAACCCCCCUAUUAAAUCAAUAAACUUGCAAAAUACUGAAGUAAACAUAGACUCUCCAAAGAGUACCUCAAUAUCUAAUUCAGAAGAAAAACUUGGUGCUGAGAUCAUUGAAAGUUCUUCAUCUUCUAUAAAUCCUCAAACAGAAACAAACCUUAUCUCUCCCACUCAAGAACCUGCAGUUGAUUCUGAAACUGUCAAAGAAAAUCCUGAAAACCCUAUAGUUAAGGAUGAUAAAAAGGAAGAAAUAGUUUUAAAUACAUCCAUUGACAUAAGUGAUAAGUCAAAUGACUCUCAAGCAAAUUCUGAUGUAACUGAAAAGGAGCAUAAUAGAAGUAUAAGUAGAGAACUCAAGUCCCUAAUUAAAUCUGCUAAAGAAUCUAAGAUAAUUAGUGAAUGUACUCAACUCACAAGUAAAACUAGAAAGUCCAGAAUAAUCUUGGACAGUUCUAAUGUAAGCUUGAAUUCCUCUGUAGAGGCAGAUAGAAUACAGGGAAUACGACGUAGUAGCAACAAUUCUCAAAAAAGCAAUUGUAGUGAAAAAUCUGAAAAGGCACCAAAAAGAUCCAUGAGGUCUCAGAAUCCAGAAUUUGUACACAAGGUUAAGCAAUUUCUAAAUUCUGUCACUGGUAAAUUUACAAAGAGUGAAUCUGAUGAUGAGAUGGAUGAAAAUAAAAAGGAAACUCACAGUGAAAGCAUGUCACCAUCCCCAAAGAAGAAAAAGUUAUUAGAAGUUCCUCAACCCGAAAUGAGCCCUGGACUUAACAAGCUACGUUCAGACUCUUAUUGUUGGCGGUGUCACUGGCCUGUGGAACAAGCAUCCAAUGAAAAAGGGCAUUCACCGAUGCAGUGCACAGUGUGCCCACGUUCAUUCCAUUACAAGUGUCUAUCUGGCAAUGAAAGGAGUAAAAUAGCCACUGACAAAAGUUGGGUCUGCCCUGAAUGUUUGGCUGUGUUACAUGCUGAAAGCUCAGAGACAAGGUCACCGGCCAUGAAGAAGAUAUCAUUAGGUCUCCUUUGUGAACUGUUACAGCAUGCGUUGGAGCGAAUGAUGGAUCUCAAUGGGGUUGAACCAUUCAUAAAUCCGGUGGACCGUUUGGCGUUCCCCGAUUACGAUAAAUACGUCGUACAUCCAAUGGACCUCACGCUUAUGAAGAAUAACAUUGCUGACGGCCUGUACGGUAGCACUGAAGCGUUCCUUGCAGACGCGCAAUGGAUAUUACAUAACAGCAUCAUAUUCAAUACACUACAAUCAAAACUGACCGGCGGCGCUCGUGCCCUGGUGCGGUCCUGUCGAGCUGAGAUGGGUGAAAUAGAAGCGUGUCCGGAAUGUUACGCGGCGGCGCAUGCGCGGCGACCUACCUGGUUCACUGACGUGUGCUCCACCCCGCAUGUACUGCUGUGGGCUAAACUGAAAGGUUUUCCCUACUGGCCGGCAAAGGGUAUGUCAGUGAGCAGUGCAGGUUUGGUCGACGUGCGAUUCUUUGGCGCUCACGAUAGGGCUUGGGUGCCUGCGCGCGACUGUUUCCUGUACUGCGAGAAAGAUCCUAACAACUUCAGAACAAAACGACAGGACAUACUCGACAGUAUGCAGGAAGCAGAGCAACACAUUCGAAACAUAUCUCGGAAAUACGGUAAAUUUUUGUACCCACCGUUUAAAACACCGUUUGAUCCAACGAAACUCACCGAACAACUGAAAAUGAUGAUACCAACAUUUGAAGGUGAGUUGCGAAGUCCUGUCAAAGAAAAGUCGAAUUCGUCACCGAAUCCCGCUAAAGAGAAGAGGAGAUCUAAUUCAAAGAGUUCAAAGGGUUCUGUUAAUGAGGGUGAUAUAAGUGAGAAUGAUGAACCACAAGCAACCACAUCUAGGAAGAUGGCGGACGGAGCAGAAAUCGCUCGUGAAGGAGAAGAAGACUAUUGUAUUGAAAAAGAUAAAUCUAUGGAAAUUGAUGUUUGCCUAUCAAAAGAAAAAGAAAUAUCAAGGAAACGACGUCGGUCGGAUCUCGAGGAAGCUGUUAUCACUAUAAUUGAAAGUAGCAAUAGUGACAAAAGGAAAAAGGUUGAGAUUGAAAGAAAUGAUGUAAAACUUGACUUUGUGUUGGUAAAUAAAUCAGAAAAAAAUCAAGUAGAUAUAUCCAAGGCUGAAGAUAAUAUAAAUGAAACGCCAAAUGAUAAAGUGGAAGUAUUGCCCUCGUCAUCUAAGAACGAUGCUAAAGAAUCGACAACUAGUGCAGUAGAAAAAGAAACUCCAAUUGAAAAGACUCCCGCUAAAAUAAACAUUAAAAUUAAACCAACUAGAACAAGUACUCCAAAGGAAAAAGACGAGAAACAAGGAACACCGAAGCAGAGACCUGCUAGAUCAGAAAAAUCAACUCCAGUUGAAAAAGAAAAGUAUGAGAGUAAAGCCCAAAAAAGGAGAAAUUCAAAAAAUAAAUCUUUCAAUAACAGUCAAAUUGGAAAGAUUGAGAAAGAAAAAGUUACUGAGAAAAAAAGUGAUAAAGACAAUACUAACAGUAACACAAAAGAUAAAAGCAAGGACAUAACCAUUACAAAGGUUAAAGGUAAUGAAACUGAUAAAUCUACAGAAAAAUCAAAUAAAUCGAAUGUAAUGACAGACAAUUCAAAAUCUACUGCAGGCCCAUUGAAUUUCGAUGACAACACAACAUUAGCGGUGAUAGCUCGAGACGGUACCAAAAGUUCCAUUCCAGGUCUUCCAACGAUAAGCAGCGUCCGAAGUCUUUCAACUGUACAAAAUUCUGAAACAAAUAAUAAAACGUCAACAAACAAUAAAAACAUAGAAAUAACAGUUACAGCAAAUUCCGAUUCGAGUAUAUUUAUACCAACAAGCACAGAUAACGUUCGCAAUAUGAAGGAGGCAGUGAACAAACUUCAGAAGCUAAGAAACGAGACGGAGCCACCUGUAGUGGGGAGGGUCGGAGUUCGUUCCUUCGCAAGAAUGACCUCUCCCGAAAAACAAGCAAACACCAAACCAACUGAGAGUGUAGAAGUUGAAAUCAAAUCUGAACCAAUCGACUUUGACGACGCUGAUAGGCAGUCGGAGAAAAUGGAUUUAAUGAAUGCGUUCCAUCUCCGUCCAGUAAACCCACCUAGCUCCGGUUUGCGAGGUGUGCGAAUAAAUAAGGUUGUUGUAGCGCCUAUUGCGCGGAAGUCAACUGUGUCUAAACCUCCAGAAGCCCGAGUCAAAGCUAAGAAAACCUUUCCACAGCCAAAGAAGGUUGAUGAUGGCAGAUCAGAGUUGAACAGUAAGAAUUCAAUGGUUUAUAUUCCUAUACAGCCACCAAGUACUCAAGCCCCUGUUAGGCCAACACGACCUAUAACUUUGAACGGAAUGGCGAACUCACAGUCUGUUAGACCUCAAGUAUCAACAGUCACUUCUAAUGUUAACAGCAUAGUCAACACUAUGACAACUCCUCUAAUUCCUAUGACGUCAUCCCACGCUAACCCAAUCUCUACGUCUACUGGAGCUGCGAACACCACGAACACGAUAUGCGUGCCCACCGUCGGACAAGUCCCCACCACCGUGCACACUGUACCACUGAUAACAUCUCUUAAUGGGCAAUGGACGUUUAGUUUACAACCUGUUAUGUCAGUUGGUGCUCUUGAAGGUACGGCGUCACCACCGGUAGUCAAUGGCUUGUCAGAUCGCAAUAAUUCAGGAACUGCGACUCCAGUAGCAGCCGCAUCCACCUCGCAAUCAGCUCCUGCGCUUAAUACAUCAACACGACCCACACCGAACACGCAAUCAACACAACCUUCUAGUAGUACCACAAGUAGUGAAAGCACUCCAGGAGAGCCUCCAAGACUGCAGCAGCGACCACCUCUUCUUAAUCCUCUAGAUUCAAACACACCAAUUGGAUCUGUACCGCCUCCGUCCACUGCUGGACCACUCACCGCGAAACUAAACCAAAAUGCAGUCAAGUUGGCAGAUUUCUUCCGAAAUCUCUUGGAAGACUCUUUAGAGAAGGUCGAUGAGCCAACGUCACAGGCAACGAUUCUUAAGUUGCAGCUGGAACAAAUGCAGUGGAGGUAUCAACAAGAGAUCAAGGAGUUAAAACACAACCAUGAUCUUACCAUCACUGAAAUGCGAGCAUCGUUCGAGAAGGAGAAAUCGCGGGCGAUCAGCGAGGCGCGUCGCACCGCGCAAGUUGAGUUGGAGACUGCGGUCAAAGCGGCUAAAUCGAAACAGUGGUGCGCUAAUUGUAGUCAAGAAGCUCUGUUCUACUGUUGUUGGAACACAUCAUACUGUGAUUAUCCUUGUCAACGAGCUCAUUGGAGCCAACACUUUUCUGUCUGUACACAGCAGAAAAAUCAGGAAAAUAAUGGCAACGACACUGGGAAUUUAUUAGAAAAAAGACUACAACCGGCUCCGGAUAAUCUGCCAGCGUUGCAGAAGAGCUCCCAGACGCCGGCGCUAACGGUGGGCGGGAAGAUCGCCCACACGCGCGUCUACGCACCGGAAACACAGCCACAGAAGACUUCCAUUAUAGUGAGUAUGGUUGAGGACCAAAGCGGCACCCAGACAGUGAAAUGCCUGGGCACAUACAAGCCAACUGGCGCACAGGUAUCGCCGUUAAUCCUAAAUAAACAAAUAAUGAACAACGAAGAAAACGCUGCGAAGAAAGUGGUCACGUCAGGCGGAUAUCUCAUUGUUGGCGCUAGUACCGGCAACCAGCCCCUCGUGACGCCUUCGCGACGCACGCACACCAUCCAGUACUACACGUGAAAUGAUUUAACCAUUAGUAUUAAAAAACCAGACUGCUUAUAAUUGUGGUUAAUGCACAUUAUAAAUAUAUUGUUCGGAAGAAUAACAUGAUGAAAAUGUGAAAGAUUCGCGAUGACGUCAAUCCAAACGGUUAUGUUGGUGACAAAUAAUAUUUUGUGUUCAAAUUUAAUGUUGUUAAAUGUGGUUGACUGUGUUAUCUGUGCUGCCAUGACGGAAUUUAAAGUAAGCGGUUAAUUUGUAUUAUUUCUAAAUUGUGAAUGAAAAAAAUUAAUGGAAUAAAAAAGCUAGUACUUUAGCGAAACUAUGUUAUGAUGUAAAGUUAUUUUUUGUAAAAUCUAGUAAUAAUAAUAUUUACAAUUAAAACAAUGGAUAAGAUGGAAGAAGAUAGAUAUUAUUUUGUCU